AUGGAACAAAGAAAUCAAACUCGUGUUUCAGAAUUUAUCCUUCUGGGGCUCUCAGGAGAGGCAAAGUUGCAGACACUCGUCUUUUGUCUGUUCCUAUCCAUGUAUCUAGUCACCUUCAUUGGAAACGCCCUCAUUAUCUUGGCUAUUAUCACUGACUCCCACCUCCACACACCCAUGUACUUACUUCUCUCCAACCUGUCCUUUUCUGAUAUUUGUUUCACCUCCACCACCAUCCCAAAGAUGCUGGUGAACAUCCAGACACAGAGCAAAGCCAUCACCUAUGAAGGCUGCAUCACCCAGAUGUAUUUAUACAUGCUUUUUGGAGGAUUCAACACCAUCGUCUUGACUGUGAUGGCCUAUGACCGGUUUGUGGCCAUCUGUCACCCCCUGCACUACGUGGUCAUCAUGAACCCCCGGCUCUGUGGCAUCCUGCUCCUGGCAUCAUGGGUACUGAGUGUUCUGGAUUCCUUACUACAGGGUUUAAUGACUCUGCGACUGUCUUUUUGCACAAAGAUGGAAAUCCCUCACUUUUUCUGUGAACUUAACCAGAUGGUCCACCUUGCUUGUUCUGACACCUUCCUCAAUGACCUAGUGAUGAAUUUUGCAGCUGGACUUCUAGGUUUUAUUUCACUUACUGGUAUCCUUUUUUCUUACUACAGAAUAAUAACCUCUGUUUUGAGAAUUUCAUCAACUGGAGGCAAGUAUAAAGCAUUUUCCACUUGCGGGUCUCACAUCUCAGUUGUUUUCUUGUUCUAUGGUACAGGCCUUGGCGUGUAUCUUGGUUCUACUGCUACCCAAAAUUUAAAGGCAAGUGCCAUAGCCUCAGUGACAUACACUGUGGUCACACCUAUGCUGAACCCUUUUAUCUACAGUCUUAAAAACAAAGACAUAAAACAGGCCCUUAAAAAACUCUUCAGCUGA